GCGGGGCUUCAGUCUGUGGCUGUCUCGCAAGAAUCGUGCAUGUUAAUAUGAAAUACUUGACUCUGGCUUUGUGGUUAAUCUGCUGGCUAGUCCAGGCCCAAGCAUUUGCAGUUGGCGACUUGCCGACAUUUACGGGCGUCUGCGCCCUGCAGGGCGACUGGUGCUCCACCAGAUGCCAAAUAGCCGGCGGGCGUGAUGGCAUUUGCAACAAGGCGCAGCUCUGCCUGUGCAGGCCACUCUAGUGCUCAUUCAAUUAGAAACGGAACACAAAUAGAGAAUAAAAAAAAAAUAACGAAAUCUAUAUA